CGGCGCAUGCGCGGUUGCGUCAUAGCGACACGAACUGUUGUCGUUUCACUAGCAACCGUUUCACAGCUCAUAACGUCAUUUAAAGAGGUGGAGGCUGAACACCUCCAUGUGUCUGGCUGAUGGACAUGUCCUCUGUGCUGGAUGACACGUCAGCAGAUGUUCCGGUCAGAGACUUCACAGUGGACCUGUCCCGCCUGACUGCAGAUCCAUCGGUGUACCAAAAUGCUCGUGCAAGGCAGGACAUCUCGCGGGUGUCCAGGGAGGAGCUGGAGGACCGUUUCCUGCGCCUCCACGAGGAGACGCUGCUCCUCAAACAGCAUGUUCACAAACAGGAGGACAAGAUCAAGAAGCUGGGCACUAAGCUGAUGCGGCUGGUGAAGGACCGUGGUCGUAUGGAGCAGCUGGCGGUGGGUGGAGGUGGAGGUCAGCUGGUCUCCAGGGUGCGUGACGUGGAGAUGGAGGAGAUGAUGGAGGAGCUGCAGGAGAAGGCGCGGGGCCUGCAGGCCGAGAACGAGGGACUGAAGCAGCGCCUCCUUGUGGCGAAACAGCAGCUCAUCAACUCCCAGAGCAGGAGGUCGUCUCCGUACGGCCGCGUCCAGUCACGAGUCCACACGGGGUUAAAGAAGCUGAGAGACGACUCCUCCUCUCCUUCUCAACCACGACCCAAGAGUACCCGUAGUUCAGAAGGAGGCGCUCGACCCCCGACGGGCCUCUUACCUCGGUUCGGUCACAGUCUGCUGGAGGAGACCAGAGCAGAGGUCCGGAACCUGGAGAACGUGAUCGAGCUCCAGCGGAGCCACAUGGAGGAGAUGGAGGGAACGUUGGAGCUGCUGAGGGAGGAGCUGAGGAGGAAGGAGGCUGAAUAUGAGGAGAGACUCCUGCAGGUCCGAGAGCACCAGACCUCCAAACUGAGGUCGCACGUCAGCGGCAACGUGGCGAUGAUCAAGCUUCAGAAGCAGCUGUCGGACAGGUCAGACCGGGUCACAGAGCUGGAGGGAAGGUUUCUGCAACUACAGGAGAGUCAGAGGGCGCUGAAGGUGAGUCACGAUGCAGCGAUGCUGAAGGUGGACGAGCUGUCGGGUCAGCUGAAGGACGAGAGGAUGAAGAGUUUGGACCUGGAGAAACGUCUGCAGAGCUCCAACAUAUCCAGGAUGAAGAUGGAGCAGCUGCAGGAGAGGAUCGGUGAGGUGGAGCAGGAGAGAGACCUUCUGAAGGACAACAAUGACAAACUGGUCAACAGUGCCUUCGACGUGUCCCGGCAGCAGAAGUGGCAGAUCCAGGAGCAGCAGCUGAAGCUCCAGAUCGCCCAGCUGGAGACGGCACUGAAGGCCGACCUCAUGGACAAAAAUGAAAUCCUGGAUAAGAUCAAAGCUGAGAGAGACUCAAACGAGAAGCUGACAGAAGAAAAUCAGAAACUUCAGCUCCAGUUUCUGGAACAGAAGCAGCAGCUGGAGGAACUAAACGACCGUUUGAAGUUCUACAGCAGGGAGAACGAGUACGACGUGUCUGAACUCACUGAGGCUCUGCUGCUCGUUAAGAAGCGUAAGUCCCAGAGGAGUGGAGAUCUGGGCUUCCUGAAGGAGGUGGAGGACGGAGGAGGCAGCAGCUCAGAGAGCGCCGUCAGAGAGCUGCGAGCCGCUCACGCUGAGACCAUCCAGGAGCUGGAGAAGACCAGGAACCUCCUCAGCAUGGAGGGGAGGAUCAGCAGGGACUACAGGGUGGAGCUGGAGGCCGUGCUGAAGAAGAUGGAGGCUGACAGAGUGGAGUCAGAGCAGAAGCUGGAGAGACAGGCCGCUCUGCUCGACUCCAGAGCCGCCAAGAUCCACAAACUGGAAGCUCAGCUCAGAGACGUGGCCUACGGCACCAAAACCUUCGUCUUCAGACCUGACGUCCCAGAUGAGGAGGAGAAGGAGGAGGAGUCUGAGAAGGAGCCCCCUCUGGAGCGAGGGGAGAAUCUGGUGGAGCUCCAGGUGGUGGGAGCCACGCUGUCCCCGUCCACCCUGCAGGCUCUGGGGGAGGCCGAGCCCUCCACCUUCUGCACCUACGCCUUCUACCUGUUCGAGCUGCACGCCACUCCGGUGGCGACGGGCCCGACGCCGCGGUACGGCUUCACGUCCCGGUACGUGGUGAGCAUGGACCAGCGUCUGCUGGACUUCCUGCUCCGAGGCUCCGUGACCGUGGAGCUGCACCAGGCUCUGGGUCUGGACUGGAGGACUCUGGCCAGAGGGAGGAUCCAACUGAAGACGCUGCUGGAGCCAGACGGGAGAGUUCAGGGCAGCGUGCCGCUGGUCGGUGUGUCUGACGAGGCCCGGUCCUUUGGCUCUGUGGACUACUGGCUGAGGCUGAAGGUCCCGAUGACGGAGACCCUCCGUCUGUUCAGAGAGAAGGUGGAGGCGGGCGGCUACGUCAGCGCUGCUCCGGACCUCCACGCACAGCCUCCUGGCGGCUGUAACGAGCUCCUCAUCACCAUCCAGCGCUGCAGAGACCUGAAGAGGUCCAGCGUGUCCCAGCAGCCAAGUCCCUACGUGGUCUACAAGUUCUUUGCGUUCCCCGACUACCCGACCGCCACCGUCCACGACUGCUGCGACCCCGACCUCCACGACCUCCAGGUCUACUCCGUCCCCAUGGACGCAGACCUGGACCGCUACCUGAGGACCGAGGACCUCCGUCUCUACGUGUUCGACUACAAAGAGCAGCAGAUGGACACGUAUGUGGGGAAGACCCGAGUCCCUCUGCUGCCUCUGGCCCGGGACCAGGGGGUCUCAGGAGAGUUCGAGCUGACCGACCCCUCCGGACUCUCUGCUGGCCUCAUUGAGGUGUCUCUGAGGUGGAGGUUCUCUUACCUUCCUCCAUCAGCCUCCAUCAUGGCCGCUGAGGAGACGGAGAGGAAGCGUCUCAGAGUGGAGGACGAGAGGAGAGACGAUGAGGAGACGCUGCAGGAGGAGGACAAACGCCCCCCCGACCCACUCCCUGAGGCCUCCGGGUCAAAGGCCGAGCGGCCUAAACCCAGACUGCGGACUCGACUCAGAGAAGGACCGGCCGCCAGAAAGGUGACGUUCAUGGACCCUUCGGCUCCGGAGGACCAGGGGGAGGACGGUGAGUCUGCAGACAGGAAGGAGACUUUACCUCCUGUUGGAAAGGUCUCCUCAGCUCCUCCUCCUCACAGCACCACAGAGGAAGAGGAUGAAGAAGAAGAGUCUCACUUCUCUGAAGGUCAGCUGGUCCCAACCGACUCUCCAUCUCCUUCUGACGACUCCGAGAUCUCUGAGGACAUCGUGGAAGAUGUGGAGGAGAGGCCGGCAGCUGGAGAGCCUCAGAGUGAGUCCUCUCAGUCGGACAGCGAUGACUGCAUCGUUCACGGGCCGACGGCGGGGAGGAAGCCCUCCCAGAGACUCCGGGUGGAGGUGGUGUCUCUGACCUUGAGGCCGGAGUCCCGUGUCUCUCUGGACGUCAGCGUGGUGCGUCUGUUUGUGGAGUUCUCUCUGUUAGAUCUGCCCACAGAGGAAACCCCGCUGUCCCUCCACAAACUGCCCCGGGGCCACAGCAUCAACUACAACUACAGCAAAGUGGUUCCUGUGGACUCGGAGGACAACGGGCCAAGGCGGCGGCUGCUGAGACGAGUCCUGCAGGGGAGAAACCCUCAGAUGGAGAGAAUCCGGUUCACCGUAGUGAGCGAGCCUCCGGAGGAAGAGGAGCAGGAGAGGGAGUGUGAGGACGUCGGUGUGGCCUUCAUCAGGAUCAAAGACAUCCUGGAGAGACAACAAGACCUGAUGGAGAGCAGCCUGGACGUGUUGGACGUGGAGGACAGCAGUCAGGUGGUCGGCAGUCUGACUGUGACGGUGGAGGGACUGGAGGCUCUGCAGGCCAUCAUGGAGGACCAGGAGCAGGACCAGGAGCUUACCUCGGUCUCCUCUCUGCUUCCAUCAGCAUGAAGCAGCAACACAGACACUAAACUUCACAUGAGACGAGUGUGUGUAAAAUAUUCCUACAACUACUAGAUGGAUUUUACAAACGUUCAUGUUCCCCAGAGGAUGAAUCCCACAGACGUUGGUGAUCCUCUGACCUGUUCUCUAGCGCCACCACCAGGAUCACAUUUUAGUUUCAUUUUGUUUUGAUAUCUACGCAACGAUGGAGAAAUGGAUUUAGUUUCAGGUGUUCAUGUUCCCCAGAAGAUGAAUCUUAACAACUUUAGUGAUCCCCUGACGCCACAAUCAGAUCAGAGUUUAUAUUUAUCCUGUAAAAUAUCUUGACAACUACGAGAUGGAUCAACACAACGUUCUGUACACACAUUCAUGUUCCCCAGAGGAAGAAUCCCACUGACGUUGGUGAUCCUGUAACCUUUCCUCUGGCGCCACCAUGCGGUUCAUAUCAGUAGUUUCCGGUCCAACGUCUCCAAUCAACUAUGUGAAAGAUUGUGACGAAAAGUGGUUCAUCAUUCCUGUUACCCUGAGGAUGAACCAUCAUCACUUUGGUGAUCCUCUGACUUGUCAUCUUGUUCUUCGAGCAUUUCAGUGUCUUUAUUCCAGAUACAGUCGGGACUCGUUUCACAUUGAAAUACAGAGUUUGACUUUCUUUACCUUUAAAUCUUAUGUUUAUCUGUUGACGGAUGUAAACAUCCACCAUGUGGACGAUUCAACGAUGACUGAAGAUGAAGAUCAAAAGGUCCCAUCAGAGGAAGACCACUCUACUGAGCUACUGAUGACCUUUAAAAUGUAAAGUAUUUAUUUAACAUGCAGCUGAACUCUAUUUUUAAAUGUGAAAACGCUUUAAAGUUUCUACACUGAAGUUAUUGAAUGUGUAUUUUUUAGGCAGAAGGGCUUCGUUGGUGCUGUCAUAUUUAAAUGAGUAGUGAUGUCAGAGUGUUGAUAGAAACCUUAAAUGUGAUGUUUGGUGCUCCA